UGUGUUCAUUCUAAGAUACAAAUACAAAUGUUAAAUGUAUUUUUAUCUGGGGCUGUUGUCUCUUUAAAUCACAAAGGUGUAUAAAAACUUAAAAGUACGGUAGCAGAGAGGAAGAGCACGUGACCGGCACAGUUUCGCUUUGGCAAAUAUUUAACUGUCGCUUCUUGCUAUUACACAUCUCUGCAGAGCAGUGUUGUAACCUUCCCAAACUGAAUGCUGGAAAACGAGAAACAAAUAUGGAGAAUAAUGAAUAACUUGAACCAUUUGGAACCUGGUCAUUCUGAACACAUCAUAAAGACUGAACAGAAAUUUCCCUUGUUUCUUUCCAUAGCUGACUCAAUCUAGGAUUCAAAUGUCCUCCGACGAAAACAUCGUGGACUUCCAGGAGGACAAAAUGGAAAAUUCCACCUGCACAAAAUAUGUAGAUAUGGAAUUGUUCCUGCAUUGCUCACUUGUUCCCUCCAUUCUUAUCAUUUUGGCACUUUCUUUCCUUGAAAAACGUGUUAACAAGUCAAAACUAGACAACAAAUUUUACCUUCUCAGUGGAAGAUUUGGAAUAGUCAUUCCUUUAGAUCUUAUUGGAACUUUCAGCAACAGGUGGACCUAUGGUUUUGCAUUUGGUGCCAUAGCCAACCAAGUCCUAUCCCUGUUUUCAGAGGAAUAUCUUCCCAUAGGAGUGCCUACCUGGGCAAAAGCCCUUAGUCUUUUCAUUGGAGCCAUUGAGGUUGGACUGUCAUUUUAUCCUAUUUUUGCCUGUCUCAGCACUGCAAAUAAAUUAAUUGGGUCUAUUACUGGAUUUCUAUACACUCUCACUUGGUUUAUCAUCGCAACCAUAGACAUUGUCUCGUGCCCAGAUGGAAAUGUUAUAGGCCGCUAUGAAAAUAUCAUCUUUUAUUGGCCCUGCCUGCUCUGCUUUAUAUUUCUGCUUAUCAGGUUUGUUUACCUGUUCAUAAAGUCCAUCAGAGUGAUUAUAGGUGUGGAGGAUGUCAUUGAUGAAGGAAAUUGUUUUUUGCCAAUACAUCAAGCUGAACAUGUGAAAAGACUUUUUAGAAAACCUGUGGUGGAGAAAAAGUCCUGGUUUGCAAGAAAAAUAUAUGAUUCUGAUCCUUGUUUUAAAUUCCCCAGCAGAAUGAUUGGCACUACAGUCCUGUCCUUGCUGUGUCUGUACAUUUUUGUUACUAUAGAAUUUAAAUUCAUUAUUGCUCUUUUACGAUUGCUGACAAAUUUUGAAGGAUUACUAGAAGAUCCUAAAUCCGAUUUUUACGUAUUUAAUGAAUCGAUCACAACUGUAAAGGAAUUCCACAGUGCUUUGGAGGGUGUAUGGUUUUUCAGUAUCUUCUUAGCAAGUGCCAUAACAGUUUCCUACAUAUUUCACAUUUUAGUCUGCUACAGAAAACACAUGAAGCGGCUUUGGAUAGGAAACAGGUCAUUCCUGCCUGUAAAGUUUCAAGUUCCCUCUCCCUAUGAGAGUGUGGCAGCGAUUGCAAGAUAUUCUGGAUGGCAAGUUGCAUACCUUUUGUGGGGUUACAUCAUAAUGCAUAUUGUUCAGAUAAUAUUAGGAUUGGCUUUUGCGUAUGCUUUUGUUUAUCCAAUAAAGCACGGUGAAGCACUUAAGUUGUUUAAAGGCUUGGGUAUCUUCAUUCUCACGAUUGGCAUCGUGAUUGCUCUUAUGAUGCUGCAAGUUGUACUCGCUCGCCUGUUCUUUCUGCAGCAGAAAAUCUCUUGUAAUGAUAAGCAGAAACCUUUGGCACUCAACAACAGGAAGGCAUUUCACAACUUCAAUUAUUUCUUUUUCUUCUACAAUGUGAUUGUUGGACUGAGCGCGUGCCUAUUGAGAUUGCUCAGAAGUGUGAUACUGGGGAGCUGGCUAAUAGCUCGGAUUGACAGGUCAAUACUGCAAAGGGGAUUUGAAUCAGGUGACACAGGCUACACGACAUGGAUUGGGAUGAUAUAUGUGGAUCAUUAUCACACAAACCCAGUGCUUGUGAGCUUUUGCAACAUUCUUUUAACAAAGAGGGCCGAGAAAACAGUAAGAGAAUGCUCUUCAUACCAUGGAUUCUCUGACUCAGGUUCAAAUAUUCAAGCCCGGACACGAUGGCUUCUAUAUUACACUCUCUUGAAAAACCCAAGACUUAUAUUGCAAAGGAAAAUGAAAGAACUGGGCGAUGCAGAAUUGAGCAAAGCCAUAACCCACGCUAGAACUGUUCAGGCUACUGUUAUGGAGGCUGGAGUAAGAAAUAUCUUCGAAUUACCAAUUGAUGUAAACUGCGUGGAGAUUAGAGAACGGCGAUCAUUUGACUCUAAGCAGGUUACAGGAAAUGAUUCAGAAUAUUAAUUUAAGACUGAACAAGGUUUUCUAAAGGUCAAAAAAUACCUUUUUUUAGAACUGAAAUGUUUAAUUUAUUAUGUGUGGUCUAGUUUCCCCUUCAAAUAUUUACCCUAUACUAAAACAAAGAAGGCAAGACUGUAGAAAAUUGCUUCUGUUGCUUACUACUACUGUGUUGUAUGCUGUAUAACAAAUGCAGUAAAAUACUUUUAACUAAGAAAGGUUUAUUUAUCAGUGGUCCUUGUUGGUAAGUUUAAUUUACCAGAACCUUAUUAUAGAACAAGACCCUGAGACAAGGUUCUUAGCAUAACUGCUAUUCAUUGAUCAAAG